UUUUAACUGAUGCUUUACUUGUUGAAAAAGCGAAAAUACUUGCUGAUGGUUUAGGAAUUCCUCAAGAAGAAGCCACAUCUGCUGAUGUAGUGGCAAUUAAUAGCAUUAUGCCGUCAAUAAAAAAUAAAUACUCAAAUUACCCUCCUGAAAGAAUUUACAACAUAGAUGAAACUGGACUUUUCUAUCAGUUAAAACCUGAUCAUACAUUGGUAACUCAACGUCUUUCUGAAUGUAAACAAACAAAGAGCGCCUCUCAAUUGCAUUGUAUUCUUGAAUUUAAUCGCCAAAUCGGUUUGAAGUAUCGGGGCCAAUGUGUGCUUUUACUCCUCGAUAACUGUUCUAGCCAUGAUAUUAGUGGUGUUAUUCUCAGAUUUACUGAUAUUUUAUUUUUGCCUCCAAAUACAAAUUCGAGGAUUCAGCUCAUAGAUGCUAGUAUUAUUAUAAAUUUCAAGAGAAACUAUCAUCGUCUUCAUAUUCAAGUUGAAGAUGGACAGCGUGCAGAAGAUUUAAAAAUGAAUAUGUUACAUGCAAUCUAUUUUAUUAUUCAAAGGUGGGACAAAGUUAAGGCCAAUACAAUUCAAAAUUGCUGGUAUCACACAAAGAUCCUUUCCGUAGAUAACAAUUCUGGUUUAGGUCCUUUAGAAGAUUUUUGCCAAACUACAGAUUCUGUCCUUAAUGAUAUUGCCAAUACAUUUGAAGCCCUUGGACUUCCCAAUUCUAUGAAUGUUAAAGAGUUUCUGGCAAUUUCCGAAGAAAAUAUCAUUUAUGAAGUUUUUCCUGAUAAUCAAAUGAUUACAGAGCUUGUUGAAACUUUCAGAAUGAAUAACCCAACUGACACAGACUUGAAAGAUGCUAAUGAUAGUCUUGAAAUCUCUAUUGUUAGUGCUAACAUAGCAACCGUGAGUUUGAAAACUGUGCUUAUGUUUUUGCUUUAG